CUGAAAAAAUAUUUUAUUUACACACAUUAUAUUCUUACUUCGUUAGUAUAAUUUUAUAUUGUAAAGCUUCUAAAAAGUACAUUUUGAAAAAUGCAUUGUAAAAAUAUAUUAUUAUUAAUAUGCAUAUGUAUAUGUAUUACGUUAUCAUUGGCCGGGAAAAAAAGACGUGUCAAAAAUGUAAAAGGCGGAUCUUCAUCAAAAUCUGUUGAGGUUGAUCAUAACAAUGAUGAAAAGUUGAUAGAAUCCAUUAAUAAAGUCAAUUUAAGUGGCGAAACCGACGAGAAGUCACCGUCUACAGAGGAAGAGCAUAAUAAACCAAAAACACAACAUACACUUCAAAAAGAAGAGAAUAAUGUACCAGAAAUACGAUCAACACUUUCAAAGAAUGAUAUAACAAAUGAGCAAAUUGAUUUACUGACUACUAUUUAUAAUGGAGUAACUUCUAAUGAUACAAAAAAAUUAACUGUUGACAUUUUGAAAAACAUUUUUAAAUCUCUUGGUCAGAAUAAAGAUGAUAAGGAAUAUGAUGAUAUGAUGGAAUACCUUGACUCUGAAAAUGAUGGUCAAACAGGACUCGAGAAAUUCUUGAGUCUAUUUUUACCAAAGAGUCAAAAAGAAAACGAGAAAGAAAUGUCUACAAGUACUGCAGGCAAUACUGAAAUUUUUAAUAUUCUAUCAAAAGGAAAGUCUUUCAUCACUAUUAAUGAUAUAAAUGACAUUUCGAAAUAUUUUGACAAACACAAAUUGUUAGAUUAUCCUAGUAAUUAUAUAGAAGCGAUUAAAAAAAUAGCAAGAGAAAAAGAAAACAGCUGUAUUACUAUUGAGGAGUUUUUAAAAUUAACAAAAAAUGACGUUUAAGAUAACGAAAAAUGAUGGUUAUGUGUUGUAGCCAAAGAUAUAUUAUUUAAAGAUAUAUAUUAUAUAAAUACUUUUACUUUGUAUCACAAUCAAUGAAAUAUAUUUUAUAUAAUACUUUUCAAGUACUGUUUAUCAAGUAUAUUUUUGAAUAUCUGUUAAAUACAAAUAAGUCAAUUGCA